AUGUUGAGCAAAGGCUUUUCUCAUCAUCACCAGUUCCGACUGGUUUCUCGCACGAUUUUUGGAGGUCUCUUCUCUAAAAACAACAGUACAAAAUCAUUCUUGACUGAUGAAUAUUUGAAUUAUGCACUCAGUCAAAAGAACAAUCAAAUAUUGAUGAUGAUGAAUGACUUGGCAAACUCGCGAAAUGGUAUCAUUAGAAGCUUUCAUUCUCAUCAUGGCUUACAAUUUUUCGAUUUCAAAAAGGUGAAAGAGACUAAAAUUAAAGAACUUUCGGACUCUGAAAAGAUGGAACUAUUGUCAAAACUCAACCUUGCAGAAGAAUUAUUCAAAAACAUUACAACACAAUUGGGUCCCGCAUUAGCAACAAUGAAUGAAAAGCCGGAACAAAAACUUCCCAUUGAUUUAGUAACUUCCAUUUAUCAAUUAAUUAGAAUUUGUUUAGAAGUCAUUCCUGAUGUUCACACACCAGUUUCUAAAGCGAGAGCUUUCUAUGAAUCCUCUGCAGGAAUGGGUAUUUUGAAUAUAUGCAAGCAAGCUCAAUUAUUAGCAGCGAAAGGAAUCAUGCAAGAAUGGGUGGAUAUGGACUCAUUGAAAAUGCAUGUUCGACCAGAAGAGCUGCGUGCAGGCACAGUGAUUUAUCCAGAAGGAGUAAUCGAUGAUACAUACAUAUUAUUCCAGAGUCAAGAAGCUCAAAUUUCAUAUAGCGCUUAUGUUUAUCCAGCAGGCGAUCUAUAUCCUUACAAUAGAUUUAGCCUCAUUGCAAGCGCUUACUUUUUGUUCUUGAGAUUAAAAGACUGCCCAACCAUGGUCAAUGCUGACAAUCUCAUCAACUACGUAAAGGAGGUAGUUAGAGAAUAUAACAGAGUGAAACAGCUGUACAUGUCAUCAAAGAAGCCUGAAAAAGAUAUUGAUUACACGACAACUGUAACGUACGAUGCACAAAGUAAUGCUUACUCAUAUUUGAAAAAAACAUUUACUGAAGAUGAAUUUGAUUGGUUUGAGGAUUUGGAAACAAACUUACCAAUUCAUUUAGGAGCAUUUAUCAAAGCCUGUGAAUUGGUGUCACAAAUUGACUCGGUAUCUGACAAAACCAAAAUAAUUACAUCAUUGGAUGAUUGCUUGCGAAUUAACCCAAACAAUCCAUAUAUUUUGCACAUGAAAGCCGCAUGCUAUAGAGCGCUGAACGUGGAGGUUGUGGAUCCAAAUACGAUUGUAGAAAAUUAUUUGAAAGGAGUAGAGAUUUGUGAUCAAGCUCUACAAGUAAUGAAAAACGCCAAAGUGCAUUAUUUACAAAAAUUGGAAAAAACUCAUUUCGAAGAAAAUGAAGUUACCUCGCUACCAGAGGAUCAACGAGUGAAUGAUCUAAAAUUCUCUCCAAUUCAUUACUUGAAAGGAGUUCUUUUACAUGCCGCUGCUGAAUCAGAUUUGCCUCCUGAAUUUCGUCAUCAAUACGGGCUGAAAUCCUUGGAAUGCCUUUCACAAGUGGAAUCAUUUUCUAGAUUACCUCCUGAUUUCAAUUACUUAGUAACGAAAGCUCAAGCCUACUAUGCGUGUGACAUGUUUGAACAAACUCUUGGCGUGUUGGCUCCCGUUGAAAAAUUCCAAGGACAAGUGGACAAUGCAUCUAUCAUUACUGCCAUUGUCAUUGCUGCCAAUGCUAUGAUUUCUCUAGGGUAUGCUGAUGUUUGCAUGGAUAAGCUUGAUGAAUAUAUCCAAACAUUUAACAAUGAUCCAAGAUUAAGGUUUGAAAAAAUUAUGUGCAAAGAAUUCUUGUCUCGCUCAAAGGAUCACUAUAGGGAAAUUGUUAAGGAGUAUCAGGACUUGUUGCAAGAAAUACAACAUUCGUCUGAUCCACACAACCUCACAACUGUCCCCAUGAUUCAGGCAAGAAUGAAUUACGUACAAGAAACGAUCGAUAACCCUGCCUACGCUGAGCGAUGGUAA